AUGGUGCUGGUUGAGGGCCGACGGCUUGUCGAUGAGGUCGGAAAAGAGUUGACUACAAAGCUGCUGGCUUACCCAGCGGUGGACAUCUGGGCCGCCGGCCGCCAGGGCGCGGCCAUCGCGCUGCAAGCCUUGGCUCGGCGUCCCAAAGCCGUGCGGUUCACGAUCUCGCAGGCCAGCGGCGAAGAGCUGGAUGCAGCAGGGUUGCAACCGGCAGGAGAAGGGCCGAUCGAGCCAUCAGCUCGAGUGGGCAUCCGACUGAAGAUCGACUGUGCGGAAGAGCCAGGAGCUUUGCCGGAGCCGGUCAAGGUCUUCCAAGUCAGCCAGCGGAGCAACUCUGACUUCAUACCGCUCGCCAAAGCUGUCGCGACAGAGCUGAGAUGGAUGCCGGCUGGGGAGGUGCUUGCAGUGGAGAGCCUCCUACUGGGGAAGGCCAAGAACGUCCACACAAGGGCUUACAACAUGGCGCGGGCAGUGGCGCUGGCUUCCGACUGGCAGGUCAAACCUGAGGCUACGGGUGCCCUCCGGCCAUUCCGCUGCGUCGCGCAGGAGCGCGCUGUGGACAUGCAGGUGGAUGAUGCCCCUGCAGGUCCCGAAGGCCGCCAAUUCGCUGAGCCCAAAGCACUGCGCCUGGUGCUUCUGGCUGAUGGCCACACGGUUGCUAUCAUUUGCUCAAAGAACCCCGCAAAAAACAACUAA